GUCAUUUUGAUUUUCACAAUUUCACCGGUUUUCUCCAUGAAGGUCGGAAAGGAUCCAAAUAAACCGAUGAAGCCUCUUAGCGCUUUCUUCCUUUCCCUGAAGGAGUUCCGGAAGACUUUUUAUGCGCGGCGGCUAGCGGCGGCAAGAGGAAAUCAUCUGUAGCGGCCUCUCAAGCCGGAGGUGAAGAGUGGAGGAAUAUGUCUGCCGCCGAUACAAAGUUUACCAAAUAAGAACCAGACUACAGUGCCAUGAAGGUCGGAAAGGAUCCAAAUAAACCGAGGAAGCCUCUAAGUGCUUUCUUCCUUUUCCUGAAGGAGUUCCGGAAGACUUUUUAUGCGCGGCGUCCGUUCAGUAGGGAAUCAUCUGUAGCAGCCUCUCAAGCCGGAGGUGAAGAGUGGAGGAAUAUGUCCGCCGCCGAUAAAGCUCCUUACUUACUCAAGGCUGAUAAACUGAAGGCGGAGUACAAGAAGAACAUGCGGGCCUAUUGUCGAAAGCAGCAGCUCGAUAAUGGAGGUGCUGAACAGGAACCUAAAAACUCUGAAAGUCCUUCUCAACAAAGCGAUGAUGGCGGAGAAUGUGAAGAAAGAAGAAAGCCCUCUAGUGGAAAUGCUGAAACAUUUCCAGUACAAAAAGCUAGAGGCCAUGUGAAUAUUUUUAGCACAGCAGACCUUCUUAUCCGUUCAAAGAAAAUUCUCUGUCCUGAUAAAGGGAAACCUGGGCAAGCCUCUGAUCCUCACACUGGAAUAGCUUCCGGGAUCCCUAAUACUGUGUUGUUGCCUGAUGCCUCUUCCCCCGUAGAUAAUUCUAUGGGCCUUCCAUGCCACGGACAUAACAAAAGAAACUCACCUUCUUCUCCCAUUGCCUCGUGUGCUACAAAGAAGCCCCGAGUGAGCAUGGACAAUGAACAGAACAUUUCAUCAAAAAAGGGUACCAUCAAAACUGAAGAAGUGUCAGAGGACGGUUAUCCUCCGUUUGAUAUGGAAAUUCUGGAGAGUAUAUUUUCAGAGAAACUGUGCGAAUCUGUGAUGAUAUAUGCCUUCAAGUGUGUUUUUCGCGUCCUUGAAUUAAAAAAUGAUGCCAACACUUCUGCAAGUGAUGACAAGAGUGCUACUGGGAACAAGUUUGAUAUUCUGAUUUCACGAGUCUUGCAA